GGCAAAUCUGAAAUCCGCUCAGGAGACACUGUCUCGAGACCGCGAGCAUCACUUGCUUGUAACGAUAUACUAAGUGGAUGCGUGUAGAAACAGGGAAGAGCUGGCCGAACAUCGUGAAGUGACUGAAUUUCGACCUUUCAGGUGGUUGCUUUGCCGUGGCCGUUGUCUCAGAGUUGCACACCCUCUUGUUUGGAUAACGAAACGGGAUAUCGAUUGACAGGAGCCCCAACAAGAUGCCACUGGGCAACAUGGCUAAAAUGCAAAAGUGGUCUGAGGAUCGACAGGAAUGCAAGGUCAAAUACCCAACCUGACCUAUCUGGUAGUUUGCGAAUGUGCAAUGGCCCAUUGAGAGUGGCUUGUUAGCCAUAACAUGAAGUGAAUAGGUGCGGCUCCCGCAGCCGACAAUGUGUGAAAGAGACGGAUAACUUGACUGAAAACAGCAUAAACACCGCUGAAUGUAAGCCGGUUGAGGCUUGAUCAUCUCCAUCAGCAUCAAUUGGCAUCCUUGCCAUAUCGUGGAUGCAGGGUAGCGAGAAAGGGGAAAUUGAUCGCCUGGACCGUUUUGACUGAUAUCGAGAGUUUUGGCCCUGUGAGGGGUGAAGAGGACCUGAGUGAAAACGCUGUGAAAUGCGAACCCCUGGUCGCCUCACCGUACACAACCAGUGAUGAGGGAAACGUGAGGCUUGUGAGAGAUAGGAUGUAAGAGGGUGUGGUGAGACAAGAGGAAGAUCCCAAAUGCUCGAUCGAGGUUGGCCGAGGUUUGAUGCAGCGCCAUGGAGACGUGGAUCCUCGAUGCUUGACCUUUUCUCUGAGCGGUUCCAUGUGUUCCAGUUGGUCAAUUCUCGGCCUUCAUCUUGGCGGCAGAAGACGGGACUUGAUGAGGAGUCGUUGCACGUCGCGGGCUGGACAUUCAAGUAUCGUAUUCGUUUACACGUCGCCUACUCAUCCGUGGUUGCUGCUGAUGGAAAUCGUGAAAGCGGUCAACAAAUGGUGAGAAAUACGACGACGGGAAGACAGGCAGAAGCGAAGUUAUACCCGUACUACGCCCCCACUUUUUUGGACCUCGCCAGACUCGCACCCCCUAAAGUGGGUGCUCACGGGUAA